AUCUUAAGUUCUUAACAAAAAAAAUGGCCCAAAUAUUUAUAAUUUUUAUACCUGAUUCCUGAACCUCAGAACCUGAUACGGUGAGACUUGAGAGAGAGGCGGAGAGCAGAGAAUCAGAGAGAGGCUGAGGACAGACUGAACAGUGGAGACUGGAGACUAGAGAGAAAGGUGGUCAUUUUCCAAUGGCAAAGGAUCAAUCAAUCUCUCUGAAAGAUGGUGUCUACAAAUUGCAACUUUCCCUCCUUGAAGGCAUUAGUGAUGAAAGCCACCUUUUUGCUGCUGGAUCUCUGAUGACACGCAGUGACUAUGAAGAUGUUGUGACUGAGCGUUCAAUUACAAACCUCUGUGGUUACCCUUUGUGCUGCAAUUCUCUGCCCUCUGAUCGCCCUAGGAAGGGCCGGUUUCGCAUUUCCUUGAAGGAACACAAGGUUUAUGAUCUGCAGGAGACAUACAUGUAUUGCUCUUCAAGUUGUGCUGUUAACAGCCAAGCUUUUGCUAAGAGCUUGCAAGAUGAGAGAUGCUCAGUUGUAAAUUCAGAAAAACUUAAUGAGGUUCUGAGAUUGUUUGGGAAUACGCGUUUGGAUUCUGAGGGGAAUUUAGGAAAGAAUGGAGAUUUAGGAUUGUCUGGCUUGAAGAUUCAGGAAAAAAAAGAAAUCAAGGCAGGGGAAGUGUCUCUGGAGCAGUGGAUUGGUCCAUCAAAUGCAAUUGAAGGUUAUGUUCCACAGAGAGACCAUAGUUCCAAGCCUUCACCUUCCAAAAAUCACAAAGAAGGGUCCAAAGUUAACAAUACCAUGUCGAGUGGUAAAAAAGACUUCCAUAUUAGUGAGAUGGACUUCAUGAGUACUAUAAUCACUGAAGAUGAAUAUAGUGUCUCAAAAAUGCCAUCAGGUUCAACAGAGACUGCUUCCAACACUAAAUUUAAAGAACCAAAAGAAAAAAUGAGUUACAUGGAUUUAGAUGGUCAACUCUCCACAUUGGAAAACCCACCUGCUCUCGCAAAGAAUGGUUCUGAAUGGAAAUCAAGUGGAUCAAUUGGGGAAAAGAGUAAAAUAAUAAAAAAGGAUGAUCCUGGUAUACAAGAGGUGCCUUCAGCAUCAAAUCCCUGCCAAACUAGUUUCAAUUCAAGUACUGCAGAAGCAGAAGAGGAAAUCCAAGCUGAGAAAGUGGCCAAAUCAAGUAAAAUAAUGAUCAAAUCCUCUCUUAAACCUUCAGGUACUAAGAAGCUUAGUCGCUCUGUUACCUGGGCUGAUGAGAAAGUUGAUGGCACUGGGAGUGGAAAUCUUUGUGAGUUUAGUGAUGGGGAAAAUAAAGAAAGUCAUGAGAUGUUUGGCAGUACAGAUGUGGGAGAUAAUGAUGAUAUGCUACGCUUUGCAUCGGCUGAAGCUGUGGCAAUGGCAUUGAGCGAGGCAGCAGAAGCUGUUGCUUCUGGUGAAUUUGAUGUCACUGAUGCUGUGUCUGAAGCUGGAAUUAUUAUAUUGCCACAUUCCCAUGAUGCUGAUGAAGGGGAGUUGAUGGAAGACGGUGAUCUGCUUGAACCAGAACCCGCUCCUUUGAAGUGGCCAACAAAGCCUGGAAUUCCACAAUCCGAUUUUUUCGACCUUGAAGACUCGUUGUAUGACCCUCCGCCAGAGGGUUUUGGUUUAAGUUUGUCUCCUUUUGCGACAAUGUGGAUGGCUCUCUUUGCGUGGAUAACAUCGUCUUCUUUGGCUUAUAUAUAUGGGAGGGACGAAAGUCUUCAUGAAGAAUAUCUAUCAGUAAAUGGGAGGGAGUACCCCUGUAAGAUUACCUUGGCAGAUGGUCGUUCAACUGAAAUCAAGCAAACGCUUGCUGGUUGUCUUGCUCGGUCUUUGCCUGGACUAAGUGCUGAUCUAAGACUGCCAACACCAAUUUCUACUUUGGAGCAAGGAAUGGGGCGCUUGUUGGAUACAAUGACUUUUGUUGAUGCACUUCCAGCUUUCAGAAUGAAACAAUGGCAAGUGAUUGUUCUUCUGUUCAUUGAAGCUCUCUCUGUCUGUAGGAUCCCUGCACUUACCCCACACAUGACUAAUAGGAGGAUGUUGAUGCAGAAGGUGUUGGAUGGCGCCCAGAUAGCUUUGGACGAAUACGAGGUUAUGAAGGAUCUCGUGAUUCCACUUGGCAGAGCACCUCAUUUCUCAUCUCAAAGUGGAGCUUGAUUGAAAAAAAGAAAAAAAGCCACUCUAAUUGCCCAUUUCAUCUUGUGGUUUUCAUCAGUCAUGGUGACUAAUAAUUAUUGUGCUUUUUGUCAUACUCUUCUCUGAAAUUAUGGGUUUAUGGGCCAACAUAAAGUUCCCUUUGAAAGUUAUGUGGACGGUUUGAUUUUGGCCAUGAAAUCUAGUAUGACAAUUUGACAACCUGGUUUCAAGAAUGAGAGGGAAGAAAUUGUUGCUAUCUUGUGUAAUAUGCAUCGUGAAAGAGUUAAAUUUUUGAGCUUUAUUGUACAUACUGAAUAUAGGGAAGGAAAUUCUACAUUAACUAUUUGUUUUUGCAGAAUGUUUGUAACUGGUAAUAUCAGAAACACUAGGGAUGACCUCAUGUUCUCUUGUUAAUGAAAGAAAAAGUUUAUACA